AUGGAUAAUUUCUUUCUCUUCACCCUCGACCGACCCAUCUACCACGGCACGGACUUCAACCACCCACCAACAUACAACCUUGUCGAAAAACCUCUGGUAUCCAAAGGACCAAAGCAGAUCACCAUGUCGCAGAUCAAUUGCACCAACAAUGAUCUAGUGCCCUCGUCCACACCUCAUCUUAGUUACACCGAAUCGAGUCAUGAGGUGGAAACCUUUCAAGGCUCAGUCUUUGACAUCGAAGACAUACUCGCUCGAUUAGACGGGCGGAAGCCAGCUGAUGGUCUGGUAAAUCCAACCGAGUUAACGGUCGGCAUCAAUAACCACCGCCUGCCAAUCGGGGUACGCCGCAUCCUCCGUGGAAAUGCUGCGUCGUUGCCGCCCGACCUGGCUCUACCAUACCACCCAGUUUUCAGCACUGCGCCAUCUCCAAACGUGGAUUUACGGCUGAUGGGUGAUGUGGAAAUUACUUCCAUCGAAAUGAUUGUGUUUUUCUCCAAUCAUUACCGUUGGAAGGAUUGGGGAUUACGAUUAUGGAAUGCUGGAUGGACCUUCUCCCCACUGGUGCGGCUCAUUUUCGAGGUGCGAAAGUGCUCCGACGAGAUCAAAAACAUGCAGAGUGUCUUGAGCAAAACUACUUUCAAGCACCUGGGGGACGCCCGCGGAAAUCCUCGUUCUCCUUAUACGACUUACACCUGCAAGCAGUGGACACCACCAAAUGCAACGAACCUCAUUGACUACUAUGUGAGGGACAUUGCCGUUGGAGUGAGUCGCGAGGACUUCCCCACCGGGAAAGAUGCCGGACUGUUGACUCAGACACUUCAGCACCUUUUCGACCAUCAACACGACCCCGAGGUGAUGGAACUGAAGCUGAGCGGUCUGGAGCAGUUUAUCCAUAAGAUGAAGUUCACCAAGACAGAUGGAGAAAUUGAUGACAAGGCUUCCUGUCUUAGCAGGCAUGGGUGUGGUGGCAUGAUGGCAAUGAAUGGCGUUUGGAGGACGCAAUGUUACCUAAAUACUAGGUAG